CGUGAUUGGCUGCGCCGCCUCCACGUGAUGCUGGGCUGGCGGUGGCGGUUGCCGGGGCGACAGCUGGAGCAGGGGUGGCCGAGCAGGUUAAGGGAGCGUGUGUGCGGCGGUGCAGCAGAGAUUUUUGCUGUGAGAAUUAACGGUAACCGUUCAAUAUGGGAGAUGUUCUGGCUCAUGAAUCAGAAUUACUUGGACUUGUGAAAGAGUAUUUAGAUUUUGCUGAAUUUGAAGACACCUUGAAAACAUUUUCAAAAGAAUGCAAAGUAAAAGGAAAGCCAUUAUCUAAAACAGCAGGUGGCUGUUUAAGAGACGCCAAAUCAUUGAUCAUCCAGAAGGACCUCGUUGCUGCAUUUGACAAUGGUGACCAGAAGGUGUUCUUCAAUUUGUGGGAGGAGCAUAUUCCCAGUUCCAUCCGAGAUCGUGACUCCCUUGCCCAGAAGUUGGAAUUCUAUCUUCACAUCCAUUUUGCCAUCUAUCUUCUGAAACACUCCGUAGGGAGACCUGACAAAGAGGGCCUGGAUGAGAGGAUUUCUUAUUUCAAAACCUACCUGGAGACCAAAGGGGCAGCGUUGAGCCAGACCACGGAGUUUCUCCCUUUCUAUGCUCUGCCUUUUGUUCCCAACCCCAUGGUCCACCCCUCCUUUAAAGAGCUCUUCCAGGAUUCUUGGACUCCAGAAUUAAAGUUGAAGUUGGAAAAGUUUCUGGCUUUAAUUUUUAAAGCCAGUAACACGCCAAAGCUUUUAACAUUAUACAAGGAGAAUGGACAAAGUCAUAAAGAAAUGUCGCAGCAGCUCCACCAGCAGCUGGUAGAAGCCGAGCGAAGGUCAGUGACGUACCUGAAGCGGUACAACAAGAUUCAGGCAGACUACCACAAUCUCAUCGGGGUCACAGCAGAGCUGGUGGAUUCUCUGGAGGCCACCGUCAGUGGCAAGAUGAUCACCCCGGAGUACCUCCAGAGCGUGUGUGUCCGUCUCUUCAGUGACCAGAUGCGGCAGAGCCUGGCCCACAGCGUGGACUUCACGAGGCCUGGGACGGCUUCAACCAUGUUAAGAGCCUCCUUGGCACCCGGGAAGCUGAAGGAUGUCCCAUUGCUGCCCUCCUUGGAUUAUGAGAAACUGAAGAAGGAUUUGGUUUUGGGGAGUGACCGCUUGAAAGCCUUCUUGUUGCAGGCUCUGCGCUGGCGCUUGACCACAUCCCAUCCUGGAGAGCAGAGGGAGACCGUUCUGGAAGCCUACAUCGGCAACGACCUCCUGGAUUGUCAUAGCCAGAGCCAGAGGAGAGUGCUCCAGCUGCUGCACUCCAGGAGCGAGGUGGUGCGGCAGUACAUGGCCCGGCUCGUCAAUGCAUUCGCAUCCCUGGCAGAAGGUCGCCUCUACCUGGCCCAGAGCACAAAGGUGCUGCAGAUGCUGGAGGAAAGGCUGAAGGAGGAAGAUGAGGACAUCGUCACCCGCGAGAACAUUCUUGGGGCCUUGCAGAAGUUCAGCCUCAGGCGCCCGCUGCAGACAGCGAUGAUUCGAGAUGGCCUCAUCUUCUGGCUGAUUGAUAUUCUGAAGGACCCCGAUUGCCUGUCGGACUAUACACUGGAGUACUCGGUGGCUUUGCUCAUGAACCUCUGCCUCAGGAGUGCAGGGAAGAACAUGUGUGCCAAGGUGGCGGGUCUGGUGCUAAAAGUUCUUUCGGAUCUGCUCGGCCAUGAGAACCACGAGAUACAGCCGUAUGUGAAUGGAGCUCUGUACAGCAUCCUUUCUAUUCCAUCCAUUCGUGAGGAAGCAAGAGCAAUGGGAAUGGAGGACAUCCUUCGCUGCUUCAUCAAAGAAGGCAAUGCUGAAAUGGUCCGCCAGAUUGAAUUCAUCAUCAAGCAGCUUAAUUCAGAAGAGCUACUGGAUGGUGUUCUUGAAUCUGACGACGAUGAAGAUGAAGAUGAUGAAGAGGACCAUGAUACUAUGGAAGCUGAUCUGGACAAAGAUGAGCUGAUCCAGCCCCAGCUUGGAGAGCUCUCAGGCGAGAAGCUUCUGACCACGGAGUACUUGGGAAUUAUGACGAACACAGGGAAGGCGAGGCGGAAGGGCCUGGCCAGUGUGCAGCAGAGUGCCGACGAGCCCCUGCGCCGGCCCGUCACCCCCGGCGGCCACAGGACCGGGUACCCAGUGUAAGUCCAGGCUAACAGAGGCGGGGAUUUCUUUUCUUAAGCUUUGUUUUAACUGCAGUGUAAGAUGUGUGUAUGGAAAAACUCAAAAUAAAACGUUCACAUUGGAAAGCA